AUGGCUGACGUUGCAACCCCACCCGCUGCGGAAGCCACCCAGGGCAAGCAGCAAAUCGUCAAGCCCGAGAAGCCUGACGAGGACAAGUACAAGGAGGAUCUCGCCAAGGCCGAGAAGGAGCACGCUGCGGCUCAAGAAAAGCUGAACGCUUGCAAAGCCAAGCUCGACCUCGCCCGCCCCAACAACAAGGACUCGCCGAACGGAAAGCGCCAGCAGGAGCUCAAGACCGAGUUGAACGCCAUCCGCCAGGCCCAGCAGGGCAACAAAUCCUCCCGCAGCGCCGUCCACGAACAGAUCAAGAAAUAUGACGAACAGCUCAAGUCACGACUCAACGAGCUCAAAACUAGCAAGGGCAAGGUCAACUUCAAGUCGGUCGAGGAAGUCGACCAGGAAAUCGCACGUCUUCAGAAGCAGGUCGAUGGCGGCAUGAUGAAGCUCGUCGACGAGAAGAAGGCCCUAUCCGAUAUUUCCAACCUGAACAAAGCGCGCAAGCAAUUCUCCGGCUUUGAUGGGCAACAGAAGGAUAUCGACGCGAUCAAAGCCAAGAUCGCCGAACAGAAGAAGCUGCUCGACGACCCCGAGCAGAAGGCUCUUAGCGAGAAAUACACCGCGCUCCAGACAGAGCUGGACGGGUUGAAGGCCGAGCAAGAUGAGGCUUUCAAGAACCUCAAGGCUCUUCGUGAGGAGACGGACAAGGCGCGUGCCGAACAACAGGCCAAGUACCAGGCACGAAAGGAGCUCAAGGACGCCUACUACCAACAGAAGCGUGCUUUCCAGGAGUACGAUUUCCAGGCACGCAAGGUCCGCAACGAGAAGCGCCGCCAAGAGCAGCUUCAAUAUGUUGCUGGCAAGCGCAAAGAGGUUGCCAGCAAGCGUCUAGAAGAGGCGAGCGCGCCAGCAUACCAGGACGAGAUCUUUGCGACCGAGGGCCUAAUUCGUCAUUUUGACCCAUCGGCACUGCCACCCAAGGAGACCGCUGCGGCCAGCAAGUUUGCCGCAUCAAGUCAACGUACCGUCGACGACUCGGGUUUCAAGGGCACACGGAUUGUGAAGAAGGAAACCGAAGAAGAGAGCUACUUCAUGGGCUCUGGUGGUAAGAAGGGCAAGAAGGGCAAGAAAGCCGCACCCGCCGAGAGCAAGUUUAACCUCAACAUGGGCGUCAUUGAGGAACUUGCCAAGGUUGGCCUGGACGCACCCGCAAGCCAGGCCGACGUUCCCGCCACUGUCGAGAAGCUCAAGGAGAAGCUUGCAUUCUGGAAAGGCGACCAGGACCGCAAGACCAAAGAGAACAUCGCAAAAGCACAGAAGGAGAUCGAGCGUCUUGAGGCUGAGGAGGACGAGGGCGCGAAUGGCACCACGGACACUGCCCGCAAGCCUGCCCAGAAGAACCAGGCUGUCAACGGAAACGCCUCAGCGGAAGCUGAGCUCGAGCAGGAGAAGGAUGCCGCUGCAGAUGCUGCAGAGGACCUCAAGAAGGCUUCGCUCGAGGACAACGCGGAUGCUGCUGAGGCUUAG